CAAAUAUGAGACAAGGCUUUAUGCUGUAGGGUCGGAAAUCCCCCAUAUCUUUCCAGUUCGAGAUUUUGGAGAACGCCGACGAGACGCCAGCCAGAAAUGGCCUAUAAAUUUCAAAAGCAAAAUUGUUAUUAUAAAAGAGACAACUACCGACCCCUCCUCAAUAGAGGACAACAGUCUGGAGACGAAUGAACCAAUCCCUCCUUCGGACAACUCCGCGAACCGGCGGAACCUCCCGUCAGGACCACAAAAAUUAUUUAAAUUGGAUUUACAAUUUUUUUCGAAUUUUUCGAAAUCAAAUUCGAAAUCCAAGAAAAAAAGAUUAAAGGAACAAAGAGAAGAAGAGUUGAAAAAUAAUUUAGAUAAGAUAGAAGGCGACUUAAUCGAUAAAGGUAUUAGAGGUAACAAAGUAUUGAAUGAAAAUAACAAAAUAUUAAAAGAGGAAAAUUCAGCAUUAGAAAAAGAAAUUGAGGAAUUAAAACGUGCUAUUGAGGAUGAUGAUGCACAAAUUACAUACCUAACUAAAACAACGACCGAAGAAAUAGAAGCAAAAAAAAGCCAAAUUAAUGAAUUACUUAGGGAGUUAGCCGGAAUACACAAUAAAUACGAUAUUGAAAUAAGGGAAGUGGUAGCCGUGAAAGAGAGAGAAAUCAAACUUUUACAAGGCGAAUUAGACGAAUCACGAGCGGCCAAUGAAACAUGGGAGUUUCAAGCAGCCGCACUAGUAAAUAAAAACAAUGAAGCGGCAGAGGCACUAAACAAUAAACUGAUAGAAAAAAAUGCCGAGAUUGAGAAAAAAGAUGAAAAGAUAGCGGAUCUGAGGAAAGAAAUAGCCAAACUAAAAAAAGAUAACAAGGAAUUAAGCGAAGAAAAAGAAAAUGAAGAAUUGCGGAAAAAAAACGAUAACCGGAAAGCCGAGUCGGCCGCAGCAGAAAAACUUUUCAAAGAACAGGAGGAGAAAUUAAAAGAACUCACCGAAGAAAACGAGAAUCUUAAAGCCAAAAAUAAGGAAUUAGAAAAAGAUGUGACCUCCCUUAAAUUUAAAACCCGAGCCACCUCCCGACCCAGCCUCUCGUCAAGAACAUCGUCAAUGAGACGCAAUUCUUUCUCUGAAUCGCGUCCCUCUUCACGGGCCGAUUCUUUUAUUGGUAUUGGCAAUUUUGAGGAUAUUGGCUUUAAAGACCCUUAUUGUUGA